UCCUCACCUCACGAACUCGCCAUUCGCCAGCACAGGCCUCAGAUCUCGCGCUCGCCUUGCCCCCCGCGCGCCGUCGUCGAGAGCAGCUGAGAGAAUGGCGGCCAACGGCGUGCUCCUCGGGAUGGGCAACCCCCUCCUCGACAUCUCCGCCGUCGUCGACGAGGACUUCCUCACCAAGUAUGACGUCAAGCUGAACAAUGCCAUUCUCGCUGAGGAGAAGCACCUGCCCAUGUACGACGAGUUGUCCAGCAAGGGCAAUGUUGAAUAUAUUGCUGGAGGAGCCACCCAGAACUCUAUCAGGGUUGCCCAAUGGAUGCUUCAAACCCCUGGUGCAACUAGUUACAUGGGCUGCAUUGGAAAGGACAAGUAUGGUGAGGAGAUGAAGAAGAAUGCGCAGGCUGCAGGAGUUACCGCUCAUUACUACGAGGAUGAGACUGCUCCUACAGGCACAUGUGCUGUCUGUGUUGUUGGUGGCGAAAGGUCAUUGAUUGCAAACUUAUCUGCAGCGAACUGCUACAAAUCUGAGCAUCUAAAGAAACCGGAGAACUGGGCACUAGUUGAGAAGGCAAAAUACAUCUACAUUGCUGGCUUUUUCCUCACUGUGUCCCCUGAUUCUAUUCAGCUUGUCGCUGAGCAUGCUGCUGCAAACAACAAGGUUUUCUUGAUGAACCUCUCUGCUCCCUUUAUCUGUGAGUUUUUCCGUGAUGCCCAAGAGAAGGUUCUUCCGUAUGUGGACUACAUCUUCGGAAAUGAAACUGAAGCAAGGAUCUUCUCUAAAGUCCGUGGGUGGGAGACUGAGAAUGUUGAGGAGAUCGCUUUGAAGAUCUCACAACUGCCUCUGGCUGAGGGAAAACAAAAGAGGAUUGCUGUGAUUACUCAAGGUGCUGACCCAGUAGUUGUGGCUGAGGAUGGGAAGGUGAAAACAUUCCCUGUGAUCCUAUUGCCCAAGGAGAAGCUUGUUGACACCAAUGGAGCAGGUGAUGCCUUUGUUGGAGGCUUCCUAUCUCAGUUGGUUCAAGGGAAGAGCAUUGAGGACAGCGUGAAGGGUGGUUGCUACGGAGCAAAUGUUAUCAUCCAGCGUUCUGGCUGCACUUACCCUGAGAAGCCUGACUUCAACUAGAACAAAUCCAGCGGCGUUACGGAAAGCAACACUUAACCACUUAAUGGUUCGGCCUGUUUUCCCUGUAUUGUGUUGAGGCUUUCCAUCUGAUCCGGCCUAUAUUUUUUGGCUGUGAUAUCUGUUACAUUCCUAUGUAUGGUACUUUUAUCAUUUUUAUAAGGCAUGAUUGCCAUUAUAUGGUGUGUUUGUCA